AUGGCGGAGGUCAUCGGUAUCGUGUCUGGCAGCCUCGCGUUCGCCGAAGCGACCGCCGGCUCCGUCCGCGGUAUAAUCCGCCUACGACAACUCUGGAACGACGUCAAGGAUGUUCCAAGAGCCAUAGAAGAGCUCAUGACGCAGAUCGAAGGCCUCGACCAUAUUCUCUGGAGCCUAGAAAGGAACUGCAAUGAUGAGACCUUGUUUCUAUCCUCAGCCGACGAUGAAAUGCUCAAAAAAAGCACACAUUACUGUCGCCAGACGUUGAACCAGUUUACGCGACUUGUUGACGAUUUGACGUUCGAUGUGAAUGCCGCGAGGGGUUUCUCUAGAAGGACCAAGGCAAAGCUCAUGGUCGUCCUCAGCAAGAGCACCCUGGCGCAGUAUGAGCAGCGAAUGCGAGAUGCCAUCCUCAACUUGGGCAUAGCACAGUCGUUCUGCACACAAGAACUUGUGAAGACAAACAUCAAACUGGCCCAUGAGACGAAAAUGCUGCUCACACAGGGAUAUACGAAUGCCCAUGUCUCGACAGCAUCAGCUGGUGCCGCCCGGGAUGAAAAGUCCAUACUUUGGAAGGCUGGUCCCGACUCAAUGUCAAAGAGCCGAUCUUUGUCAAUUUGGAAACCCCGACCAUUUCCCAAGGCUGGCCCGUUCGGGCGCUUCUCUUACGAGACGCUAGACGACGAGAGCGAGGUUGAUGAUGCCUAUCAGUCUGCGCCUCACAGUCGCUACGCCAUCCACGUUCAGCUGCCCAGCUGGCUGUUCUGCAAAGCAUGGGAGUACCAGGUGUCAAAAUCAGCCGCUGGCUGGCAGACCAAUCUGCAGGCAGCAGCCAUGGGAUGCAGCAUCGAGGUAGUCAAGGCGCUUGUCACUAUGGGGGUUGAUGCAUUCGCCCUGAACGACACGGGUUAUUCCGCCCUGCACAUGAUCGUUUAUCGGUUUCCCAGAAGGUCAGCGCAGGAUCACGAUGCGUUCAUAAACCAAUUUCUCGGCGUCGUCGAUAUGUGGGACAUCAACCACUUCUCCACGCAGAUCCAAUUGUGCUGGUUCGUAGAAAGACUAUGUCGGGACGGAUUCAACGACAUCGUUACCAUGGGGAUGAAAUUUGGUCACACGAUCGAUGAUGGUCAAAAUCCGGGCGAGCGGUUAAGCAGUAUUUACAGGGUCAUGAGUCAUUUCCACGCCAACCACAUGAGGCUCGCACUUCGCCUCGGACCAGAGAACGAGAGGAUCAAAGCAGUCGAUGUGCGUUCGUCGAUUGAAAGAGGAGUGUCGUUCCUUCAUGGUGUAUCUCUCUGGUACGGUAUGACUUCCAUGGCGACAGAUGCUGAUGUGAGAGGUCCAGAAGCUCGAAAGCUGGUCUCCGAGACCAUUCAGGCCAGUGAUGACAUCCAUCUCCUCAGAGAUGGCAUCUUGUGCAGUAUCACGAACGAUGACGGCGAUAGUUUGUUUAAUUAUAGGGUAGGUAGUGGGUGGAACGUGAAGGAAACUCCCUUUGUAUUGUUUCUACGAGGAAGUUAUUUCUUCUCAUCGAGUCAUGCACCCCAUGGUCAAGUUUUGUCCCAGAAAUGGAAAUAUGACCGCCAAGUAUCUGGCAUGAGGACCCAGGCUCGGGAUUGGGCCAGAAUACUAGACGAGUCAGGUUUCGACUUAUGCCGGCAUGGCCUCCGGGAAAACCUGCUUCUGCAAGAAUCAGGGCAACUUGGUAAUCGGUGGAAGGCUCACGUUGAGUGGUUCAAGUUUGGGGAAGGCGUCGGAUGGACCGAACCUACGACGCUUGCGGAGCCAAAGCUACUCGAGCUUCGAUACGGCCCGCGGCCGGAGGACUGGGACCUGAUAUGGGACAUGGAUGUCGAAGAGCUUGCUGGCGACUUUUGGGAGAUGAUUGAUGAAAUGCCUCUCCCGAUCCCAGGCGCCUGGGUGGAUGACUGA